ACAUAUCAUAGCUUGAUCCAGCCUCUCCCCUUGCGUCUCCGUUUCUUUCUAGCUUUUUGUUUGGAUGAGAGGUUACCCUAAAACAUCCAGUAUGUCAGUGAUGGAUGGUUUAAUGGAUAUGCGUCUCAGGGCUGCACGAAAGAGGAGUUGUUCACAAGAAACAGCAGCAACAGGUCUGUGAGGAUGGAACGAUAAUGACGGUAACAUGCAGGCUUCUAAACGCCUGACACCAUCAGAGGCGAGAUGAGGCAACUAGAUGUUGGUUUACCAUGUCUAGCGUCCACGACAACCACUCCCUUGCUGCCAUGAGCGGAAACGACAUGAUGGCGCACUCCCUGACUCUGGAGCAGAAGACAGCGUUUGCCUUCGUGGGGAUGCUGCUGGUGUUCCUGGGGCUGCUCAUAGUAAGGUGCUUCAGGAUCCUGCUGGACCCUUACAGCAGUAUGUCCUCUUCCAACUGGGCUGAUGGCAUUGAGGGGCUGGAGAAAGGGACAUUUGAGUAUGCUCUCACUUAACACAGGGAAACACACAUCCAUAGAUGUAUUAAAAAAACUAAAAUGCCUAGAAACACAGACAUGUAGACAUAUGGACGCCAAUACACUUGCACAUAUUCAAACACACACAGGCCACAGCCCUGCACAACCACUGCACCUGACACACCUCUCUCUGUGAUGGACCAAACUAAGAGACUGAAGCUGUGUAUUUUUUGUAUGUGUGUGCACUUUUGGUUCAGGGCCUGUGUGGAUCCUCUCUACUGUAUGUGAUUACACAUCUGGUUUGCGUGUCUGAGCGAGUGUGAUGCAGAUCCUGUGUCAUUUUCAUCGCCCUUCUGCCAGGGGGUCUGCAUUUCAGCUCAUCGAUUUACACAGAAACGGCUGAAGCACCCUUUAACCCAUACUUACAAGUUGAAUGUCUGUAGAGGAUAAGAGGUGGAUGCUUUAGAACAGUGUGGGGAAUUAGGGUGCAGUGGGAUUAUUCAGAUGUAUUUUGAAGACUCAGGGACAAGAAUCCUUAUGUGAACUCAGAGUGGGAAACAGAGCGGUUGCACCUCUGCAUGCAUAGCUGUUCUGCACAGGAAUCUGAAUGGUUGGAUACAGGGUAUUGUGUCAAGCU